AUAUCGGCACCGCUAGUGCCAGUACCACGGAGGUGGCCGAGACCGAGAAACAGGCAGGAGCCGGACGAGCUCGCGAAAGCAAUGGCCAUGGCGGCGCCUCAUCCGUUCCAGGCCGUGCUCAUGCCCCUGGCCCUGUCUCUAUCCCUUGCGCUGUUAUGCAGCAGCAAUGUGGCGCGCGCGCAGACGCCGGUGUUCGCGUGCGACGCGGCAAACUCGACCGUGGCCGGGUACGCGUUCUGCGACCGGGCCAAGUCGGCUUCGGCGCGCGCCGCCGACCUGGUGUCCCGGCUGACGCUGGCGGACAAGGUCGGGUUCCUGGUGAACAAGCAGCCGGCUUUGGCCAGGCUCGGCAUCCCGGCCUACGAGUGGUGGUCCGAGGCGCUGCACGGCGUGUCCUACGUCGGCCCCGGCACGCGGUUCUCGCCGCUCGUCCCGGGCGCCACCAGCUUCCCGCAGCCCAUCCUCACCGCCGCCUCCUUCAACGCCUCCCUCUUCCGCGCCAUCGGCGAGGUGGUGUCGAACGAGGCGCGGGCGAUGCACAACGUGGGGCUGGCGGGGCUGACGUUCUGGAGCCCCAACAUCAACAUCUUCCGGGACCCGCGUUGGGGCCGCGGGCAGGAGACCCCCGGCGAGGACCCGCUCCUGGCCAGCCGGUACGCCGUCGGCUACGUCUCCGGCCUCCAGGACGCCGGCGCCGACGCCGACGGGCCCCUCAAGGUCGCCGCCUGCUGCAAGCACUACACCGCCUACGACGUCGACAACUGGAAGGGCGUCGAGCGCUACACCUUCGACGCCAAGGUGUCGCAGCAGGACCUUGAUGACACAUUCCAGCCGCCAUUCAAGAGCUGCGUGAUCGACGGGAAGGUGGCCAGCGUCAUGUGCUCCUACAACAAGGUCAAUGGGAAGCCCACCUGCGCCGACAAGGAUCUCCUCUCUGGAGUCAUCAGAGGGGACUGGAAGCUCAACGGAUACAUCGUGUCGGAUUGCGACUCCGUCGACGUGCUGUACUCUCAGCAGCACUACACCAAGACACCCGAGGAGGCCGCAGCCAUCACCAUCAAAUCAGGGCUGGACCUGAACUGUGGCGACUUCCUGGCGAAGCACACGGUGGCGGCAGUGCAGGCCGGCAAUCUGUCAGAGUCCGACGUUGACAGGGCCAUCACCAACAACUUCAUCAUGCUGAUGCGUCUGGGCUUCUUCGACGGCGACCCGAGGAAGCUCGCCUACGGCAGCCUCGGCCCCAAGGACGUGUGCACGUCUUCAAACCAGGAGCUGGCCCGGGAGACGGCGCGCCAGGGCAUCGUGCUCCUCAAGAACGACGGCGCGCUCCCACUCUCCGCCAAGUCCAUCAAGUCCAUGGCCGUCAUCGGCCCAAACGCCAAUGCCAGCUUCACCAUGAUCGGCAACUACGAAGGCACGCCGUGCAAGUACACGACACCGCUCCACGGCCUGGGCAACAACGUCGCCACAGUGUACCAGCCGGGCUGCAGCAAUGUCGGUUGCAGCGGCAACAGCCUCCAGCUCAGUGCUGCCACGGCGGCCGCAGCCAGUGCCGACGUGACGGUGCUCGUCGUUGGUGCUGAUCAGUCGAUUGAGCGCGAGGCCCUGGACAGGACCAGCCUUCUCUUGCCAGGCCAACAGCCUGACCUCAUCUCUGCUGUGGCCAAUGCUUCCAAGGGACAUGUCAUCCUUGUUGUCAUGUCCGGCGGGCCGUUCGACAUCUCGUUUGCCAAGGCCAGCGACAAGAUCUCCGCCAUCCUUUGGGUGGGAUACCCCGGCGAAGCCGGUGGUGCCGCCAUCGCCGACAUUAUCUUCGGCAAGUACAAUCCAAGUGGAAGGCUGCCAGUGACAUGGUACCCGGCGUCAUUCGCCGACAAGGUCCCGAUGACUGACAUGCGCAUGCGGCCAGACAAUUCAACCGGCUACCCUGGCCGGACGUACCGGUUCUACACGGGCGAAACGGUGUUCGCAUUCGGUGACGGGCUGAGCUACACAACAAUGUCGCACAACCUCGUAGCAGCUCCGCCAUCGGAGGUGUCCAUGCAGCUGGCCGAAGGCCACGCGUGCCACACCAAGGAGUGCGCGUCGGUGGAGGCGGCGGGCGACCACUGCGAGGGCAUGGCGUUCGAGGUGCGCCUCCGGGUGCACAACACCGGCGAGAUGGCCGGGGCGCACACGGUGCUCCUGUUCUCGUCGCCGCCGGCGGUGCACAACGCGCCGGCGAAGCACCUGCUCGGGUUCGAGAAGCUGAACUUGGAGCCCGGGCAGGCCGGCGUGGCGGCGUUCAAGGUGGACGUGUGCAAGGACCUGAGCGUGGUGGACGAGCUGGGGAACCGUAAGGUGGCUCUCGGCGGCCACACGCUGCACGUCGGCGACCUCAAGCACACGCUCAACUUGGGAGUCUGAGCGGGCGAGAAGAAGGGUAGUCAGGAUUUUCACAAUUUGUCAUUUGAUAGGGGAUCACGGAACCGAUGGAUCAUGGGGGGAAUGGUUCGUUGGAAUUGGUUGAGGGAGGUGAAGAAAUAAGUGGCUCCCCGUUGGGAACAAAAAAUUGGAUCCACGGGGAGCUCUGGGAAAGGGGGGGAGGAGUGUUCUGUUGCCUUUGUUGGAUUUGAUUUGAUUUAUUUGGAGGGCGGAUCUGCAAAGUGUAAUUGAUUUGGAAGGGAGAAUAGCUCAUUUCAUCCGUUCACUUCA